GUCACGGCGUCCCGGUGGUUGACGUCAGGUUGACGUGAGCUGGGCCUGAGGCAGGCGGGCGGUCGUCGAGACGAGUCCGUGUGAGGAGAUCCCGGCGGCGGAUUAGCGGCACAGCCGAGGCCCCGGGCCGCACCGCAUCGCAUCAUGAACGUCUUCGGCAAGUUGUUCGGCUCGGCCGGCAAGUCGGGCAAAGGGACUACCCCGCAGGAGGCCAUCCACCGGCUGCGGGAGACCGAGGAGAUGCUGACCAAGAAGCAGGAUUUCCUGGAGAAGAAGAUCUACCAGGAGCUGAUCACCGCCAAGAAGCACGGCACCAAGAACAAGAGAGCUGCUCUGCAGGCCCUAAAGCGCAAGAAGAGGUACGAGAAGCAGCUGACACAGAUCGAUGGCACGUUGUCCACAAUCGAGUUCCAGAGAGAAGCCUUGGAAAAUGCAAACACGAACACAGAAGUACUCAAGAACAUGGGCGUCGCUGCCAAUGCAAUGAAAACUGCUCAUGAAAACAUGGACAUUGAUAAGGUAGACGAACUAAUGCAAAACAUCACAGAGCAGCAGGAAUUGGCGCAAGAAAUCUCCGAUGCCAUUUCAAAACCUGUCGGAUUCGGCGAAGAGUUUGAUGAGGAUGAUCUGAUGGCUGAGCUGGAAGAACUGGAGCAAGAAGAGCUGGACAAAAACCUGCUGGAAAUCGGAGAAGCAGAAAACGUGCCUCUUCCCAACGUCCCUUCAACCUCUCUCCCAGAAAGACCAGUAGCCAAGAAGAAGGAAGAGGAGGAUGAUGACAUGCGAGACCUGGAAGAGUGGGCUAAGGCGAUGUGAGAGUGGCGACCCCCUGUAACACAUGGACAUUGUCGUAUGUCAUGGCUGUGGGUGUUUAGUUGUACGUCGAGGGUUGCGAGCAGAGUAAAUUUCUGAAUGGCCGCUUGAAUGCAUUUUGCGGAGGGGGAAGGGGGUGUGCAGUGUGGCAACGUGGUUUGUUUCUACGUGAUGGGGAAAGAGAAAAACACUCCUUUUGGUACUUUUUUAAAUCUUAUCAUUCAUUGGAUUUUCACUCGUGUUGAUGACUACAGGGCAGACGUUCGAUUCUUGGGACAUCUCUCUCCCUCUCUUUCCACCCUCCCGGGACAGGUGCGCCACACCCCUCUCCCCAUCCCACCCAUUGUAGUGCCACUCAUUAUAUAAUGUCCUUUAGUUCCUUUCUAAGUGCUGUGGUGCCUAUUUUCAUUUUUACAAACAAUGGAAUUCCUGUAACACAUUCAUAAUUGUUUGAGGUGGUGGCAUAUUUGAUCAACACAGUGGCUUUUCUGCUAUUUUUGAUUAAUUCUUUCUCAAAAAAAAUCUCAAUUGAAGACCUUUUUCAAAAAGUUUUUUUUUUCCAGCAAGGAGCUCUUUAUUUAAAAAGCUUGUAAAUUAUUCACUUCCCCACAAAAUUUAAGCUGCUUAAGAAUAUAUUUUAUUCAGAUAUAAGGAAAUGAUUUGGUGAGUUUGUUUGCUGUCCUUGUGCCUCUGCGAUUUUUGCUUUUUGUUUUUGCUUAAAGGUUUUUUUGUUGUUUUUGGGUGCAGUUGCUGGUUUAAGAUGACUAUUUCUAAAUUCCUGGGUGUCUUUCAAAGAUUAAGGUGUGCUUGCUUGUAUUUUUCUGCUCAUCUGGUACAAUUUAGUUUUCUUUUUUCUAUUCUGGACUUACAGAAGCCUAUAACACACCGCCUCGCCUGUAUGCUGCUUCAGCUAAAAAAUAUAUUUUCCUCAUAAACAUGGGCUGUAUACGGCACAAUGGUGGCAUGACGGAACUCCUCAAUCCAGUACAAAAUCAACCUAAUCUUACUUAAACAUGCUGUAAAUAUGUUAAGAGAAAAAAAAAUAAAGUUUCUUUUAAUGUAAUAA